GGUGACGCCAUCCGAAUGCCACCACCUUUUAACUAUUAUGAGGCCGUCGCGACGACUACUGCGGCUACAAACGCCUCCAUUGACAGGGUUGUCUUCCAAAUAGAACUGCUUUCUGGACAGAUCAAUGUGUUGACGUAUCAGGUCGAUGACGCCGUGGCACAAAUAGCGGAACGUGGCCAAGAAACAAUCGCUUCAAUCAGUAACAAUUUCAACACAGACACCAUACAGAAUGUUAAAAGAAUGCUGGAAAAGACUCACGAUUGGCCACUAACAGCACUUAUUAUUAUGGGAAUCACCGCCCUUAUUCUAGUGCUGAUCACUUUGCUCUUUCUCAUGGCAAAAGGAGGCGAAAAGAUUGUUGAGAAGAAAUACAAGAAGAAGGCGCUUAUUGAAGAUCAUGACAUUGAAAACUUAUAG